AUGGGACCUCCUGGGGAGCCUGACCUGUGCAGGACACUGGCUCUCCACUCCCCUUGGAAACCAGGCUGCUGCCACCUGCCCAGGAUGCACGCCUCUGCUACAGCCAAGUCCAAACCCUGGCUGCCACCUUUCCACUUUCAGAAUGGUGUCCAGAAGUCCUGGGACUUUAUGAAGACAUGUGACAGUGUGACCGUGCUCAUGUUCAACGCUUCUCGAAGGAGCCUGGUGCUGGUGAAGCAGUUCCGGCCAGCCGUGUAUGCGAGUGAGGCGGGGUGCCACUUCCCCAAGGCCUUGGCCGCCCCAGCCCAGGGUGGGCUUCAGGAGCCCGCGGCACUGCCCGGCUCUGUGGGGGUGACGGUGGAGCUGUGCGCCGGCCUCCUGGACCAGCCAGGGCUCUCGCCGGAGCAAGUAGCCUGCAAGGAGGCUUUGGAGGAGUGUGGCUACCACCUGGCCCCCUCUGACCUUCGCCAGGUGGCUACGUACAGGGCUGGAGUGGGGCUGACUGGCUCCAGGCAGACCGUGUUCUAAGCUGAGGUGACAGACGUCCAGCGCGGGGGACCGGGUGGAGGUGUGGCGGAGGAGGGCGAGCUCAUUGAAGUUCUGCAUCUGCCUUUGGAUGGUGCCCAGACCUUUGCGAAUGACCCAGACGUCCCCAAGACCCUCGGCGUUAUAUUUGCCAUCUCUUGGUUCUUCAGCCAGACGUGGAGGGCGGGAAUCCGCGCAGGGGAUGUCCUGUGUCCUUCGGCGGUGAAGCUGGGGCCUGUGCAGGGCCAGCUGGCUAGGACAGCGGUGGUGGGACCCAGCAGCGGGCAGAGACAGACCCCAGGGCUGCCGCUGCCUGGAUCCCGAGCUGGAGAGGGCCGUGGAUAG